UUACACAAACAUCCAAAGGGACACACAGCGACAAGCACCAUCUGGAUCAAGCCACUGUCAAAAUGCCAAAAUGUACAUGCACGUUCUAUAAUAAUGGAGACUUGGGCGUUUGAACAGGUGUGUGUUUUUAUAUUUUGGCUCACUUUAAAACUUAUUUCAACUUUAAUAUUAUUCUAAACUUACACUGAUUGUCCAUGUCCUCCUGCUUGGACCAGUCCCCCCUCGCCUGCUUUGGGCCCUCCUCUCUCCUGCUGGUGAUUUAAACAGUGUUGUGCAGAAUAACUGUUUGUGUGUAACAGGACAGGAGCAGUAGAAUCAGUGUCCCGAUGCGAGAGUGGGCUGAAGUGGACAUGAGUUUUUCUGCUGGGGGGUUUGUGUCCUGUCCCGAUGGAUACUCCACUGAACCACUGCACUACUACGACAUGCUGGCUGACCCUGUGUACCACCCUCUCCAGGACCUUGACGUCCAGCUGCUCCCAUACAGCCCGCAGCAGCAGUACAGUUCUGGCUACUGCGUGUACUCCCCUCCCUCCUCCUCUUCUCCCUCCCCCACAUCACCCUCCUCUCUGCUCUGCCCUCCUCUGCACCACUACAGCCCCCCCUAUGCAGAGGCGACCUAUGACCCCAGCCCAGGGCUUCACUGCAGGGGGGCCACACAGGAGUUGGGGGCCCCGGGGCUUCUUCAUGGACGCAGGAUGAGGAUGGGUACUGGAGGGAGGAGGAGGGAUCAAGACGAGCUGUGUGUGGUGUGUGGAGACAAGGCGUCGGGCUAUCACUACAACGCUCUCACCUGUGAAGGAUGCAAAGGUUUCUUCCGCCGCAGUGUGACUAAGAAGGCGGUGUACCAGUGCAAGAGCGGGGGCAGCUGUGAGAUGGACAUGUACAUGAGGAGGAAGUGCCAGGACUGUCGGCUACGCAAGUGCAGGGCUGUGGGCAUGCUCGCCGAAUGUCUGCUGACAGAGGUGCAGUGCCAGUCCAAACGCCUGAGGAAAGGCGGCCGAGGCAGGUCCCAGGAGGAGGACAGUCCUGAUGGUAAACAGAGGGUCAGCUCCACCAGCAGACAGCAUCUAAAUGCAUUGUCUCCUGGUCUAACUGUAGAGCAAAAGUACAUAGUGGACAGGAUGGAGGAGGCCCACAGACUGUUCAGAACGCAAGACUGCAGCUUUGACAGAAUGUACGAGUGGUCAUACACAGAGGAGGAAGGUGUGUCUGACGCGCCUCAUCUUCACAGACUGUUACAGUACGCCAGGACAAUACCAGGCUUUGACCUUCUGGACCCCUCAGAGCAGACUUCCUUGUUGUCAGCCUCCUCUGUAGAAGUGUUGUUCCUGCUUUCAGCACAACAAUUCUCCCACUGCCCCAACAUCUCCCCCUCAGGUCUGCACUUGUUCAACAUGUGGUCCCACAAGUGGUACAGAAAUUCAAAGCAGAGCCUUCAUAACAGGACAUUCACCAGCUCAGAAGCCUGUGAUGAGCUGCUGGAGCCUGUAUUGACAUUCUUUCACAGCAUGGUGGCGUUGCAGCUCUCAGAUUCUGAAUAUGCCCUACUUACUGCUACAGCACUACUCUGCUCAGACCGGGCAUCCCCACAAGCUGCAGACUGUGUAGAGAGCAUGCAGGAGCUUGUGCUAGAUCUGCUGUCCACAGUGUGUGGGUCCCAUGGCGGAGCUGCACGAGGAGGACCACAGCGUUUUGGGCGGUUGUUGGGCAGACUGACGGAGCUGCGGACACUUCAACACAACUACCUCAUUUUGAGACAACAGUGUGGACUGGCCGACACACCACAUUGUCACUUAUAGCAUUUACAAUGUUCAUGAACUUUUUGUUAUAUUUUAUCCUAAUGUAUUUUUGUAUGAUGUGGAAAUCCUGUGUUAGAGCCUUUAACAUUACAGAUGCUAAUCUACACCAUUUCCCAAUAUAGUAUUCACAAAAGACAUGGGAAACAUCUGCUACCUCAACACUAGCCACAAGAUAUCAAUAUUUAUAUGCAAUACAAUAAAUGACAAGUUUUCAACAUGUUGACCCAUGUGCUUUGCCAUUAGGUCUCCCAAGACUACCACACGCCUGCAGGCACCCUGAAGGUGACUCCUGGGCUAGAGCAAUUAGUAUUUGCCUGGGAUCCAGAAUACACACUUUCCUCUAUAUAAAAAAUACAGUUAUCAUUCUGGCCAGGUUACUGGGCAUGAUAAAAAAAAAAAAAAA